CACUUGAGUUCGGCGGGUAGGAGACGAAAUCCUCAAAUGGCAGACGCAGAACUGCCAACCUUCCUGGUUGGAAAGCCCCUUGAGAUGUGCACGCCGGGCUGAGUCACGUUGCCAGGCGACAGAAGGGGGUGGUUAGCCGGACUCAGAGUCGUCGACCCCUGUGGCAGGGUGGAGAGACCGGCUGGCUUUAUUUCAAAGCUUCACAAGGAGGCGGACGGGGCGGCGGGGCAGGGAGGACUGGCUGGCCGCCGGGCGUCCCUAUGAGGAGGAUCUUUUGGUUCAGGAGGAAGGGCCCUCGGCCGGGCCACUCCUCUACCAGACCGUGGGCAGCCUGCCUGGGCUUUGGAUGGGCGGGAGGUGAAAGCCAGGCAGGGCCCGGGUACCUCACUGCGUACUGCGCGGUGGGACAGCUCCACCGGGCUGCGAGUGUCGGCGCUGUAGCUACAGUGGACCGUUUCCUCACGUUCCGGGUAAACGGUGUCAACGACCCAGACAAGAGGAACAGAACUGCGCUGCAUUAUGCUUGUGCACAUGGCCACCUGGGGGUGGUAACUCUCCUAAUAGAGAGGAACUGCAACAUUAAUGCCUGUGAUGACGACAACUGCACACCUCUCAUUAAGGCCUCACAGCACCAGUGUGAGGAUUGUGUGGCUGUCUUGCUACAACACAGUGCGGAUCCCAAUGCUGUGGAUGCUCUCGGAAACACCGCUCUCCACUACGCAGUGCACAGUGAAAACACAUUCAUAGCUUCCCAGCUCCUUGAAUACGGUGCAAAUAUCGAAGCCAAAACAAAGGAGGGCUUCACACCACUUUCACUGGCUCUACGGCAAAACAAAGCCCUGAUUGUGGAACUUUUAAUAGAGAAGGGUGCAAAUACACACACGGUGUUUCACCCAGACAGUGGAGCAAUACCCAAGAAACAGCAAAAUCCAGUCUGUAAAAAAUCCACGCAGAGCAGUGCAGCACGUGGGAGGCAGAGGCAGGUGGAUGUCUGUGAGGUCAAGGCUAGCCUGAUCUACAGAGAUGAAGGUGCUUUAAAAACCAGUACUCCAAGACAAAAAACAUCUAAAGCCAGGAAAACAAACCUUCCACCUGACCAUCUGCAAAAGACAUCUCAAGAACAAAAAGAGAAAAGGAAAUGUGAUGAAGGACAUAGACCUGCACAUUCAGGGUGUGCUCCUACGAAAACAGUGGAGGAAGCCCAGCAAAGUGAACAGCUUAACAAAGUCCUCAGAAACAAAUUAAGGACAUUUCCUGAGCCCUUUGAGAAAAAGCCACCACCUAGUAUCUCUAAAGGAAAAGCACACUUAAAGGUUGAAGAAGAGAACUACCGACUCCAGGAUGUACCGGAUGUAGUGCUGGAGAACUCUGAUGACAGAACAACUUGUACUGUUGCUUCUGCCUCUGCCGCUGCUGCCGCUGUUUCUGCUUCCACUUCCGCAGAGAUUGCUUCCACUUCUGCUUCCGCUGCUUCUAAUAUUGCUUCUGCUGCUUUUGCUUCUGCUUCGGCAGCUUCCACUUCCGCAUCUGUUGCUUUUGCUUCUGCUUCUGCUGCUUCCACUUCUGCUGCUUCCGCGGCUGCUUCUGCUUCUGAUGCUUCAGCGGCUGCUGCAGCUGCUUCCGCUUCUGCCUCUGAUGCCUCCGCUGCCGCCGCCGCCGCUGCCGCUGCCUCUGCUGCUGCUGCUACUUCUGCUGUGGCCUCCUCCAACACUACCAUUAAUGCUGUGGUCGCCGCUGCUGUCGCUGCUGCUUUCGCGGCUGUUACUGCUACUGCUGACCACAAAGGCAAUGAACCAACUCCUCAAAGGCACACUGGGGCUACUAAUGACAAGGAUUUUGCUCUUAAGGAAAAAGAACACGAUAAGAGUGAACCUGCCACACAUUUGAUGGAAAUGAACACAAGUGAAAAUAAAAGCUCUUUUCCCGGAGAUUCCAUGCCAACCUUUGAGAAGUGUGCUAUGCUACAGGUGAAGCAGAGCUGCGCCUGCCAACUCCAUCAGGAUGAGCAGAGGUAAUGACGAGAUGCUUUGUUCCCUGUAAAGGAAUAUUAACAGCGAGCAAAUGACUAUAGUAGUCACUCAAAGCAGGGGGACACUCAGCUGUACCAAUGCAGCUGGAAGGCUGAGAUUGGGACUGGUGAACCAGGGCUCUUCCCGGAAGCCCAACAGCUUGGAGAAUGUUCACUCAGAAGCUUUGGAGGAGGUGACAGCUAUAGAAGGAUGUAAGAAUUAGGUUUCUCUUAUUAAAAUGAACGCUGUGGAGUAUGCAUAUUUGCAUGCUUUCGGAAAGAAGAGGGAGAUGAGUAUGGGGCGAUGUCAAACUUGAUUUGUUUAACAUUGGAAUACACAGGCCGGA